CCCUUCCCCCCAGUUCAGACAUACCCCGCCCUUCUCGUUCUCUCUCUCUCUCUCCCUCUCUGCACUGCCAGGCUGUUUCCCCGUGCAGAACGCUGAUCUAGCUUAUUCUUGGUGCAGUAGGAAGGUCAGCGCUUCAUCGUUCGUGUUGUUCUCCUUUUCGUUCCUCUCCCGCGUCCUUCAGCUCUCCUGUUUCUCCGGUCCGCUCGGUUCAGUGUCCUCUCCCACCCGCUGCGGUUUCCACGGAAACCACUCGCUUCUUGCCCUUGGUGGACUGUUUCGUCAGCUUGUGGGAAGGAGGAAACAUAGCCCUGUAUCGGGGCCAUGAGCAUCUCCUGCUGAAUCUCAGGUUGUCUCCAGUAGAAGAUGUCCACAAUGGUCUACCCACGGGAAGAGAAGCUGGAGAAGCUGUCGCAGGAGGAGAUCAUCUCCAACACCAAGCUGGUGAUCCAGGGCCUGGAGGCGCUGAAGAACGAGCACAACUCUAUCCUGCACAGCCUGUUGGAGACCAUCAAGUGCCUGAAGAAGGAUGAGGAGGCCAACCUGGUGCACGAGAAGUCCAACCUCCUGCGCAAGUCGGUGGAGAUGAUCGAGUUGGGGCUGGGGGAGGCACAGGUGAUGAUGGCGCUGUCCAGCCACCUGAACGCCGUCGAGUCGGAAAAGCAGAAGUUGCGGGCGCAGGUGCGCCGCCUGUGCCAGGAGAACCAGUGGCUGCGGGACGAACUGGCCAACACCCAGCAGAAGCUGCAGAAGAGCGAGCAAAGCGUGGCCCAGCUGGAGGAGGAGAAGAAGCACCUGGAGUUCAUGAACCAGCUGAAGAAGUAUGACGAGGACGCAUCCCCGUCGGAGGAGAAGGAUGGAGAACCUCCCAAGGACUCUUUGGAUGACCUGUUCCCCAAUGAAGAAGAUGAGCACGGCCAAGGAAUGCAGCAUCAGCACAACAGUGCGGCGGUGGCAGCGGCCCAGCAGGGUGGCUACGAGAUCCCGGCCCGCCUGCGCACGCUGCACAACCUGGUGAUCCAGUACGCCUCGCAGGGCCGCUACGAGGUGGCCGUGCCCCUGUGCAAGCAGGCGCUGGAGGACCUGGAGAAGACCUCCGGCCACGACCACCCCGACGUGGCCACCAUGCUCAACAUCCUGGCCCUGGUCUACAGGGACCAAAACAAGUACAAGGAAGCCGCCCACCUGCUGAAUGACGCCCUGUCCAUCCGUGAGAAGACCUUGGGAAAAGACCACCCUGCGGUGGCCGCCACCCUGAACAACCUGGCCGUGCUCUACGGGAAGAGGGGCAAGUACAAGGAGGCAGAGCCGCUGUGCAAGAGGGCCCUGGAGAUCCGCGAGAAGGUGCUGGGCAAGGACCAUCCAGACGUGGCCAAGCAGCUGAACAACCUGGCCCUGCUGUGUCAGAACCAGGGCAAGUACCAGGAGGUGGAGCACUAUUACUGCCGGGCCCUGAAGAUCUACGAGUGCAGGCUGGGCCCGGACGACCCCAACGUGGCCAAGACCAAGAACAACCUGGCCUCCUGCUAUCUGAAGCAGGGAAAGUACAAAGAGGCGGAGAUCCUGUACAAAGAGAUCCUCACCCGCGCCCACGAGAAGGAGUUCGGAUCCGUGGACGGUGAGAACAAGCCCAUUUGGAUGCACGCUGAAGAGAGGGAGGAAAUGAGCAAAGGCAAGCACAGAGACAACACCCCGUACGUUGAGUAUGGCGGCUGGUACAAGGCAUGCAAGGUCAACAGCCCCACCGUGAACACCACCCUCCGGAACCUGGGGGCCCUGUACCGCCGACAGGGCAAAAUGGAGGCCGCGGAGACCCUGGAAGAGUGUGCUUUGCGAUCCCGCCGUCAGGGCCUCGACCCCGUCAACCAGACGUGCGUGGUGGAGAUUCUGAAGGAUGGAGAAGGUGAGCGCCGACGGAGCCGCGACAGCAUGGCAGGCAGCGUCAAGUACGAGAGCGGCUCAGACGUCAGCGAGGAAGUGAGUAUGGGAGUAGAGUGGAACGGGGAUGGCAGUGGGGCCCUGAGGCGCAGUGGCUCACUGGGGAAGCUGCGGGACGUGCUGCGCAGGAGCAGCGAGAUGCUGGUGAAGAAGCUGCAGGUGAACCUGCAGCCCGAGAUGCAGAGCAGCAUGAAACGGGCAAACUCUCUGAACUUCUUGAAUACCAGUGAUGAUUCCUUUCAGGGACCUGAGGCGGGGAGGCUGAGAAACAGCCGCGGUUUGAGCUCCAGCAACGUCGAUCUCUACAGUGGGAAAUAAACAGGCCCAGCAUCAGAUGCCUGUACCCCCUAACCCUGCCUUCCCUUGCCCCAUGCCGGUACCCCCGUCUCAGGACCUGUGGGCCCCCUCCUCACUCUGCAAACUGCUGCCCUGGGGGCGACGUGCCAGCUCCUUCCUUUCAGUGUAUCCCAAUCCACGGCAGUGCCGCCCCCAUUGUUUGUUUUUGAACCCUGCAGUGAAGCCUCUUCUCUCUUGGAUGCACACCUCUUUUUUUUUUUCUUGUGACUGUUUACACAGUGGAGGCGAGAUCCUUCACCAGCGAGAUCCUUCACCAGUGCUCUGGUUGCACCGUGAGACGGCGGCGGUGGUGGUUGGGCAGGGGAGAGCAGAAGCUGCAUGAAUAGGGUGCAGAUUCAGCCAGCUUGUCGUCACCAUUGUCAGCAGUGUCCCAUUCCGGUCCAGUCCGCUGGACCUGGGCCGGCAGGCGCGAGCUGUUGACCUUGAUGCUGUAGCCAAUCAGCUGUGCUUUUCAGCAGAUUUCCCAUGUUCCUCUGGUGCUGCUUCCUGUAUCCUCCUGUGCCGCCCACGCACUGCGAUUAUUAUUUUUCUCUUCAUUUAUUCCCGUCUCUAUCCUAUACGCUUGUGUUUGCGGUCAGGAAGUGAGACAUCACAGGUAAUGUAAUUCCUGUGUUCACUAUGGGACAAGCAAGUGAGAGUGAGACAGAACUUUGCACAUGAUCCGAGUGACGUACCCAAGCCAUUUAUGCCUACCUGUGUCACUUUAGGCUUGUCCAAUUAUUUUUUUUUUUCUACUUGCCGUCAUUUCUGUGCAGUUGUGGUACAUUAGGUUUCUUCGGCAAUCUGCAGCAGGUUGAGUGUGUAUUACAUGCAUGCGUAUCUGUCUGAUGCUCACAGAACAGUGCUUGGGUUGAGCUUAUGGCCAACAUUUUUCUUAUUUCUUAUCUCCUUUGUCUGUCAGCUUUUAUCCAAAUCGGGGGCAGCGGUGCUCCCCGCUGUCAGAUAAGGUCCUGCUUCUUUGACCUUGAAUCAUCUGACAGUGCCUCAGUGGCACUUUACCCUCGUGUGCAGGCUACCGCAUACCGGCCCCGAUCUGCCGUUGAGAACCACAGCGGCUUAUAGCUGCGGCCCAGCGGGAGAUGUGUUUAUAAUGCAGAUUACCACACAGAAAAGGCACAUUUUAAUGCCAAGACUUCAUCACGUUCUGUGAUUUAUAAGUGCUCUCAUCCAGGUUGCCCCCUUCCCUGUGCUCUUAGAGGGAUUGCAGGUUCCCUGGGACCCUGUAGAUCAGUGUUUCCCAAUCCGGUCCUCGGUCCCACAGACAGCCCAUGUUUUUGCUACCUACCGGGAGCUAGGAGGCAGCAGAACCGUGGACCGCCUUGAGUGUCUGAGGACCAGACUUGGAAAGCACUGCUGUUGUGAUUAAACAGACAUGAAUGGAUAGACAUACUAACCAUUUUCACCCUGGUUCUGCACUUCAUUCCACUCAAGUCCUACACUUCAGUAUGGAAUAUUUUAUGUUGCACAACUGACUUAAUCCAUAGCCGAUUUACAUUAUGUAAAACUGAUCGUGUCAGUUAAGAAUGCAAUGCAUAGUAAGAUAUAAGAUGUUUUUAAUAAUUUUUACCCGUAAUAAUGAAAGAACACAACCAUUGCCCUACUGGCUGGUUGGUUUAAAUUAACAAAAAAAAUUGCAUAAUUUUAUGUUUGAUUAAAUGAAGUGAACAAAGAAAUUCAGCUUUUUCCUAAUUACUAUAAGGUACAUGUAUGACUUCAGUCAUGCAACUAAUUUAAUAAACAGGAUAUUUUUGGACUUAACAUGAGUUGGAAUGAAGCUGAUUCACAGUGCAGCUUCAGAGCCAGAUGCAUAAACUGCAGCUUAGUACUGCCACGUCCACGUGACUCUGUACUUACCUAAGCAAACUUUAGCAUUAUUAUAAAAAUCCAUUGGCGAGUGCUGUGAAGACAGGCAUCAUCUCUGACACUAUUAUCCCGGUGAUUUAUGAUUGUGUAAUCUCUAACUGAUCUGGGAUCAGCGGCUGCUGAGUCCUGUCUGUGUCAUCAGUACCAUAGCAAGGCACUGCCUGUGAUUCCUCCCGUGCAAUGAGAACCCAGGGGUAGCAAACCGAUCACCCAGGAGACCCCAUCGCCGAUGGUGAAAAAACUCAACAGGCCUCUUGUGUUAUUCGGAGAGCUCGGUAUGAUCAGGGUUCAGGGGCGACAGGGCUACUUACGGGUUUAUUUUAGGCACGUUUACAUGGUCAUGAUCAUAGAAGCCACGCACAACGGACCCAUCACCAGUAUAUCCAAGGUGAGCCCACAUACUGUGACCCUAAAUGUCACACCUUGGAACUGGGACACUGAAUGUUAAAAGGCAUGAAUUGUAUUUUGUAAUACUGGAAUGUGAUUUUUUUUUUUUUUUUGCACAGUCGUUAAAAGCUUUUAUUCCUUCUUGAUGAAUAUUGGGACUGCUGAGCUGCUUUGUGUAAUGAAACAUAUGAGCAAUUUUGUUUUUGUUCUCGAUCAAUCUGAUGUUUUAUUCUUACAUGGGUACUGAUCCGUAACUUGUUUUUACAAAUUACUCGGUAGUGGUGGUCGGAUUUCUGAUUUGUUUAGGUGCCGUUUCUUCUAUGGUUCCUUCCAGUCGAUUUUCGUUUAACCGUCAUAAGCAAACGUGUAAAAAAUUAAAUAAAAUAAUAGCCUGUUGUGUCCUUGAUCGAUUGGAGGGGUGGAGUGAGACAGGUGACACCUUUUUUGUUUUUUAACUCGCUGCUCUCUAAAUGUAGGGUGUGGUAGCCAUGGAAACCAAGCCAUCGCAGCCUCCAGGUUAUGUCCUGCAACAUCCCAGUUCUUCACGAUUUAGUGAGGACAACAGCUAGGGGGCGCUAACCGUGAAGGUUGUGUUUCACACUAAAUAAAAGAUGAACCCUGAAUUCA